AUGUCAAUGUCACAUGGCCAAACAAGAGCAAUGGAAAGCUUGCUGGUGCUUCUCUCCCUUGGAGUCCUCGUCCAGCUCGCUGGCUGCAGCCCUCCGCCGGACCCGGUGAUCUGCACGCAUGGCACGUCCAACUGCACCAUCACCAACACGUAUGGCUCCUUCACGGACCGCACCAUCUGCCGCGCGGCCAAGGUCACCUACCCGGGGACCGAGCAGGAGCUCGUCGCGGCCGUGGCAGCCGUGGUGUCCACAAAACAGAAGGUGAAGGUGGCCACCAAGCACUCACACAGCAUUCCCAAGCUGGCGUACCCCGGCGGCGACGAAGGUACACUCAUAAGCACGGCGCGGCUCAACCGGACGGUGUGCAUCGACGUCGCGAAACGCCUCAUGACGGUGGAGAGCGGCAUGCUCCUUCGGGACCUGAUCGAGGCUGCUGCCGCGGCGGGGCUGUCCCUGCCUCACUCACCGUACUGGUACGGCCUGACCAUCGGGGGCAUGUUGGUGACGGGCGCGCACGGGAGCUCGCUGUGGGGAAAGGGAGGCGCCGUGCACGAGUACGUGGUCGGGCUGAGGAUCGUAACUCCAGCGCCGGCGAGCCAGGGGUUCGCCGUAGUGAGGGAGCUAGGUUCCGAUCACCCAGACCUGGAUGCCGUUAAGGUCUCCCUUGGCGUUCUCGGCGUCAUCUCUCAGGUAACUCUGACCAUGCAGCCGUUGUUCAAGCGGUCGGUGACGAUGGUGCAGCGCGACGACUCAGACAUGGCGGAGAAGGUGGCCGCGUGGGGCCACCUCCACGAGUUUGGCGACAUGACGUGGCUACCGUAUCAGGGCAAGGUGAUCUACCGCCAGGACGACCGCGUCGACGUCUCGACCCCAGGCAAUGGCCUCAAUGACUUGCUCCUUUUUCGCGCCAGUCCCACCCGCAGGCUCAUCGAUGCAAGAGUCGCUGAGGAGAGGCUGCAGGAGAACGGCACCGAUACCGCCCGAUGCGCGGCGGCGGAACAGCAAGCGGCCGCCUUCGAGCAACGGUCCUAUGGUUUCACAAACGAUGGCGUCUCUUUCACAAGAUACCCAGUGGUGGGGUACCAACACCGCAUCCAGGCGUCUGGCACAUGCCUCAGUAGCCCAGAGGAUGGCCUCCUCACCUCCUGUGCUUGGGACCCGCCCAUCCAAGGCUCCUUCUACUACAACUCCGGCUUCAGCGUCGCAGCCUCCAAGGCACGGGCGUUCGUCAUUGACAUGCAACGUCUCCGCGACCGCAACCCGGACAUGUUUUGUGCUGCCCUCGACUCCAAGGUGGGCGUGGUCAUGCGGUACGUCAAGGCGUCAUCGGCUUACCUUGGUAAAAAGGAAGACUCCGUCGACUUCGACAUCGUCUUCUACCGGAGCCACACAAACGGCAUGCCACGUGUGCACGCCGACGUGGUGGACGAGAUUGAGCAGAUGGCGCUGCGCAAGUAUGGCGGCCUCCCGCAUUGGGGCAAGAACCGGAACUUCGCCUUCGAUGGUGCCAUCGCAAAGUACCCAAAAGCUCAUGAAUUCCUUAAAGUGAAAAAUAGGUACGACCCCGACGGGCUCUUCUCCAAUGAGUGGACUGACCAAGUACUCGAUAUCAAUGGAACUCCCAACGUCAUCAAAAAGAGUUGCGCCAUCGAAGGACUCUGUGUCUGCUCCAGUGACUUGCAUUGUGCUCCGGAGCAGGGCUACUUAUGCAAGCCAGGGAAGGUGUACAAGGAGGCUCGAGUCUGCUCGUUCAUCACAGAUUAUUAG